AUGAGCUUAAUUGAAAAGACAGCAUUGAUCACUGGCGGAACGAAAAACUUAGGCAAACUGACUGCGAUUGAGUUGGCUUCCAAGCAUAAGGCCAAUUUGUUUCUGCAUUACAAUAGCUCUCAGGGAGACGAACAGGAAUUUGCAAAGGAGCUGGCCGAAAAGUACGGGGUCAAAGUUGAAUUGUACCAGGGUCGCCUUGGUUCGGCGGCUUCCUUGACUGAGUUGUUCGAAGCCGCGAUCAAAAAGUUUGGCAGGGUGGACAUUGCCAUCAACAAUGUGGGAAAAGUGUUGAAGAAGCCGUUUGCGGAAGUCACUGAAAAGGAGUUCGACGAUAUGAACCUGGUCAAUAAUAAAGUUGCCUACUUCUUCAUCUCGGAGGCCUCCAAAAAGGUGUCUGAGGGGGGGCGUAUCAUUUCGCUGGUCACGUCGUUAUUGGCCGUAUAUACGCCAUUCUAUCCUGUGUAUCAAGGAACUAAAGCCGCCGUCGAAUACUACACCAAAGCUGCAUCCAAAGAAUUGUUGGGCAAGGGCAUCACAGUAAAUUGUGUCGCUCCGGGCCCCAUGGAUACUCCCUUUUUUUACGGCCAGGAAACUCCUGAGGCGGUUGAAUUCUACAAAAGUAACGCUAUGCAAAACCGGCUGACCAAAAUUGAAGAUAUUGCCCCAAUUAUUAGCUUCUUGGCCACAGGUCGUGGAUGGAUUACGGGCCAAGUCAUCUACGCUAAUGGUGGCCUGGCUGCUCCAUAG